UGGAGAUCAAGAUCGGUCUUUUUUUAAUGCAGAUUCGAUCUACUCGUAUGUACAAGACUAUGAAGGUUUUUCAAUAUAACAUCUAAAAUUACAUAGAGCUUCACGGUUAAAUGAUUUAGAAAAGUACAAAAAUCGGCAAAACUACAAAAAUAUCAAACAUCAAACAAAUAGAUUGUUGUUUUCCAUGAGAAUGAAGGUAUUUGGCAAAUAUUAAAUUGCACGAGUGAAAAUAGAUUAGGGUACCACUUAGCAAAUAUUCCCAAAUAACUGUGGGGUCAACCAAAACGUACACCUACAUUAUCAGCAAAGUCUUACGAUAAGAAUUCAUAUAAUACAGGCAGAUGGGAGUCGAAACAUUAGACGACAUAAAACCAGAAACUCGACAAUCCAGCAGUAGUACAGAGAACAGUCAAGUCAGUAACACUACGUUUCUUCUACAGACAAGAUCGAUUAGUUAUACAAACAACAUGCCCAUUGAAGACUCAAAUCGCACGACCAGCAAAUGGCUUCGACUUGAAUUUAGCUUGAAUUUACUUAAUCAUAUUUUCAUCGGAUUCGUAACAAUAUAUAUGAGCUGGAUGUGUAUUAACUUGGAUUUAAAAAAGACAGCGUUGCAUGCAUGGCUUUGCACGUUGGGGUUCAACUUUUUAAUGGCAGAGGGAUUAAUGACACAUUAUAAUGGAAAUGUCAUGUUGUUUUACUAUUCGAGGAAGACAAAAACCACAAUUCACUGGGUUCUUCAAGCCUUGGGUGGCAGUCUUGGGAUUGUGGGUGCACUUUUGAAAAUUAUUGAAAAACCCGUGCAUUUUACAACCAUCCAUGGAAAAGUUGGCUUAGCUGCUAUGAUCAUUUGUGGUUUGAGUAUGCUUACUGGACUGAGUGCUCUCUAUUCUCAAAGUUUGAAACGUCUACUUCAACCGCUCUUAAAUAAAAGCGUUCACAACUUUUUGGGCAUAUCUGGAUUUGUUUUGGCGAUGGUUGCUCAAUAUUACGGAUAUGAGACGAGAUUUUUCAUGUUCCAAACCGAUGAUAGUUUCCGAACUAUGAUGCAAGUUGUUACAAUAUUUUCGAUUAUUUGCUGCUGCUUAGGACCUUUAAAGGCUCUUUGGGAAAAGUGUAAAAAUAUCAAAGAAAGUUAUCAAUAGGUGUGAAAUAGUAAAUAAUUUAAUUCAAGUUAUAACGACAGAAAUAAUUUAAUUUUCAAACCCAUUUGCAAAGUAAUAGAAUUAGAAUUAGAAUUAGAAUUUAGAAUUAGAAACAUUUUAUUCAUUCAUUUUUUCAUUUCCAACUUAAAACUAGUACAAUAGCAAGUGUAUACAAAAAAAAAGGAAUAAAUAAUAGCUAUCAUUCUUUAACUUGAAAGUUAGUAUUGAAUGAUACAUUGUGAUUUAAUUUUAAUUUUACAAUAAUUAGAAACUGUUGUGGGGUGACAAUCAGCAAUACAAAUAAUAAAACAAUGGUUCAAUGAGUUAAGUAAAUCAAUAAAUAUUUUAAAGAUAGUAUAACUGAAUAUAAAAAGAGUAGGUAUAUACAUACAUUCAUAGGUAAUAAAUAAUUCAUCAUAAAAUUCAUUCAAAAAUAACAACAAAAUGGUACAUUUUUUAUGAUUAAAAUAAAAUGUUCAUAAUUAAUUUAGAGUGCAAUAGGCUAAGAUGAUUAGCGUUACAUGCAAAUGUCGUUGUUAAUUUCCAACUAAGUCGAAGUUUUUGUAGCAAUACUAAAAGUGUAAAAAGUCGCUUUCAAAAUUGCCGCAUUUUCUUUGUUUUUAUGUUUUCCAGAGAAACAAACAUUGUUCUAAUCUAAAAAGCUCAAUUUAGUCAUUUAGUGUUUCUUUAAAAAUUCAACAUCAGCUAGUUAUUUCUGUAGGUGAUUUCAAAUGAAAAUUGUCGGUUUAAUGUUCUCAUCUGUGAUAAUAUUUGAAUGAAUAAACAAACAAAAUCAAUGAAAUAUUAAAUUAUUUCUAUAUAUAAGAGUGAAAUAGCUCUAUUUAUCGAUUUAUCGAAUUGAUCGUUUUUGAAUGUUAUUUAUCGCAAAUCACCUUAACCGAUCCCACACCAGAAGCGAUUAAAUGAGAUAACAAUUAUGAAAUCAUUUGCUGGUAAUUUUACAUAAACACAAAUCUUUUAUCAGGUUUAAUAAUGGAGACCUUUAUGAAUUAAGGCAAGAUAUUCAUAUUAAAGAAAUAAUAUAUUAUAUAUGACGGGAAAACAUACAUAUACAUAUGUAUGGGAUCGGGUAAAAAUUCUGGCUUCAAAAUUCUGCUUUUCAGAAUUCUGCUUUUUUAACGAAAAUUCUGCUUUUCAAAAUUCUGCUUUUUUUGUCUGGUUUACAAAAUUCUGCUUAUCAAAAUUCUGCUUUUUAAAAUUCUGCUUUUCAAAAUUCUGGAAAUUUAUAUUUAAACAAAAUUCUGCUAAUACUGCUUUUUUUUUAAUAGUACAUUUAUUAACGGAAAAGUCAAUUUAACAUGGUUUUUGUUUCAAUUUUAACAAAAAAAAUAAAAAUUUCGUCUUUUAAUAAUUAUAAACAAUAAUUGAUAAUAGAGCAAAAAUACCAACAUCAAAAACAGCAAAAAUUAAUUGCGUCUAAACAUCUCGCGCAAGCGAGAGGAUAAUUUUACAAAAUUCUGGAAAUAAUAAAAUAAAGCGCGCGCUUUUUAACAUUUUCCAAACCUUAUUUUUAUUAUUUCCAGAAUUUUGUAAAACAGAAUUUUGAAAAACAGAAUUUUGAAAAGCAUAAUUUUGAAAAACAGAAUUCUGAAAAGCAGAAUUUUGAAAGCAGAAUUUUGAGAAGCAGAAUUUUGAAAGCAGAAUUUUGACAAAAGAAUUUUGACCCCGGCCGAAUUUUGACCCCAACCCAUAUGUAUGUAUAACUUUUUAAUGCACCUUAUGUAAUUAGGUAACUAUGUUUCCUAAUAUUAGAUGUCACAAUUAACGAUCGGAAUUUAUACUAUUAUAAUUAUUCAUGACGAGGCAUUU